CUUCCGAUCUGUGUUCGACGCACCCGUGACAUCCAUCGAGCCGCGUCGAUCUCUCGAUCGACGUUAAAAAAGGAACCACGCAGCAAGGAAAUCGUCAUCGACAGACACUGCCACGUGUUCGCUAUGCCGUACAACCGGGUACUGCUACAGCUGGUGCUGGUGCUGCAUGGAUCCCUGAUCGUCCUUGUUGCUGGGAAAUCCAUUCCGCAACUGAUCGACAAGGACGUGAACAGAUACGAAUCCUCGGAGGAGAACGAUCAGCAGGAUGUGAAGGUUCCGUUCAAGUUAGAAGAGACUUACGGUGUAAACUUCCGCGCGAAUACCUUCAACGGUACCUGGAGAACAGACACGAAAAUCCUUUACUCCGAUAGCAUUCUCGGUGACACUCUCUUGUUCGAUGCGGCCACGGGGACCACUUCGAGCCUGCUGGAUUUCUCCGUGAUAGCCGACUUCAACAAGCCAUCCGUAAGCUUCUCCUUCGACAAUUCUUUCGUCGUGAUUGGCCAUGACUACGAAAGUGGUUUCCGAUACUCAGUAUAUCAACGGUGCGUCGUAUACAACACUAAAACCAAUUCGUACAUGGAGAUCGCGAAUGGCGAUCGCAUACCCUUGAUCAAGUGGUCGCCCACGAGGAACGCUUUGAUUUAUGUUCACGAAAAUGAUAUCUAUUAUCAAGUGUUCUCCGAUCGAAGCAGCAUUCGAAGAAUAACGGACACCGGUGUGCUUGACACCGUUUAUAACGGAGUGCCUGAUUGGGUUUACGAAGAGGAAGUGUUGGCCUCUGCUUCGGCUGCCUGGUUCUCCCCUGAUGGACGACAUCUUGCUUUUGCAACCUUCAAUGAUACUAACGUGAGAGAAAUAGGGAUGUUACGUUAUGGGAUUCCAGGAAACAUAAAAUAUCAAUAUCCGGAGGAAUUAAAGAUCAAGUAUCCGAAGACAGGCAGUCCAAAUCCAGUCGUAUCGAUGACCAUCGUCGACUUGGAUAAUCCCUUCAAAUUAAUCAAUCUUGAACCGCCUAUCGAUGUUGUUGGCUGGGACUACGUUCUCUACACCGUGAGAUGGAGAAACAAUUACCAGGUUGCUGUCACCUGGACGAAUCGUGUGCAGAAUAAGGCUCAGAUAGUUCUUUACGACACGAAAGGCAACAGCAGUAACAUUUAUUACGAAGAGGAAAGCGAGGGUUGGCUUCGUAUUCUGCCUCCCAUUUUCUACAACGAAUACGUGAUUAUUGUGAAACUUCAGGACUCUGGAACGUCGGCUGGACGGUUCCAACACGCGGUCAGGUUCAAGUACACGGCUGGGAAAUUGAUCGAUGAAACGGAUUUGACGGCAGGAGCUAAGGAAGUGAUCUCUAUUUUAGCUGUCGAUCACGUCAGGGGUAGACUUUAUUAUUUGGGCAACGAGUUCGGUGCACCGUCGCAGAGAAAUUUGUACUCGGUGCAAUUGAACGGCAAUCAGAAACCCGUUUGUCUGUCCUGUAACGUCGUUAGCCCCGAGAGAAAACGCUGCACGUACGCUUACGCAUACUUCUCCACGGAUUGUUCGUAUUACGCAUUGUCCUGUUCUGGUCCGGAUCCCGUAUUCGUCACGAUUAGAAACGCCGAUCAUAGAAAAGUUUACAAUUGGGAGGAAAAUCGAUCGCUCAGACGAAAAGUGGCUGCCCGCACGCAACCUACUUACAAGAAUCUUCAAGUCCCUAUGAAUGGAUACAAGUGUAACGUGAAACUCUCUCUGCCACCCGAUUUCGACGAGAAAAAACGUUAUCCCCUAUUAAUCAACGUUUACGCAGGUCCGAACACUGUCAGAAUCACCGACGAGGCGUCGUUUGGUUUCGAAUCGUACAUGGUGACCAACAGAAGCGUAAUUUACGGUCGUAUCGACGGCCGUGGAUCAGCUUACAAGGGUAGCAAGAUGCUGUUCGAGAUCUAUCGACGACUCGGUACCGUGGAAAUCGAGGACCAGAUUGCCGUUACUAGGUUACUGCAAGAGACAUAUCCGUGGAUCGAUUCAAGCAAAACCGGGAUAUGGGGUUGGAGUUACGGCGGUUUCUCCACUGCUAUGGUGCUGGCUACUGACAGGAAAUCGGUGUUCAAAUGCGGUAUAUCAGUCGCACCUGUGACCUCCUGGAUUUAUUAUGAUUCUUUGUACACGGAGAGGUUCAUGGGGUUGCCCACCCCCGAGGAUAAUCUGCACGGCUACAACCAUUCGGAUGUGACCAGGCUGGUGGAAGGGAUCCGUGGCAAAAAGUUCAUGCUGAUACAUGGUACUGGCGACGACAAUGUCCACUACCAACAAGCCAUGGCCUUGAACAGGGCUCUAGUGGACAAGGACAUCAUGUUCGAGCAACAGAGUUACACGGACGAGGCGCAUGCUUUGUCCGGCGUCUUUCCUCACCUGUACCACACCAUGGAUCGAUUUUGGGCCAAUUGUCUGGGAUACUAAGAUUCUAAAUUCGAAUUUCUGGAUCACGCGCGCAAAGGACAGCCAGCCGAGCUGCUUGUUUGAUUUUCAUCGAUACGACGUAACGGACGUCGACGAAGAACGAAGCUUGUUGACUUUCGAAAACGGCUUACGAGUUCUGUUAACACAUUGGCUGUCAUGCAACGAGUGUGUUAGUGAAUCGAUAUUAUUAUUCAAUUAAAUAAGUUUCGAAAGUUAAAGAGAAAGAACAAUGAACAGAACGUGUUAUUAUUAUUUAAAGUAAAAAACGCUGUUUCGAAUGUGUUGAACUGUGGCGAUCUAAAUUGUAUCAUGGACGACGCGACGAAUUUGACAGGCUCAAUCGUUGGAAUGUAAUUCGAGAGAGGAUGACGGAAUUUUCAAGAGAAUGAACAUUCGAAUGAGGACAGGCGUGUCACGAUAAUUUGAAAAGAACAACAAUUUUGGGAAAGAUGACGUACACAGAGUAUCCUUAAUUCACUCCCCCAAAGUGUCAGGAUUAUUCUUCGAUAUGUUUUGAGAGAAAAGGGGAGGAAAUGAAAAUUUUUGCGUAUCAGGAUUAUUCUUCAACGAGAGGAAAAGAGAAAAAGAGAUGAAGACUUUCGUCGAAGAGUAUCAUACAAGUGUCAGGAUUAUUUCUUUAAAUGCAAUUUGGAGGGGGAAAGGAAGGAGACUUUGCCGAGGAAACGGCGUUGAAAAAGGAGAUUGUGAACGGUUUUAGGGAUUCGCAGCCGUGUUCACGCGUGUUCUACCUUGGCAGAGAUACGAUGCAAAUAGUUCAAAGGCGGACGAAUCGAUACUUAAGGGUGCUCGAUGCAUUUCCGUGGCAGUCAAGUAAGUGGAAAAUGGAUUGCGCGAGGACGUCGAAACAGGUGAAUCUUUUCGCUCCGUCUUUUUGUUUUCCGUUUUCCCCUCAUCAUCGCGAGAGCAUCGAAAUUCGACUGCGGCCUCGAUGGGAGGAGCUGCAUUCCAUUUGUCAUCGGAUAAUAUUGAUCCAGUAAUUUUCUGACGUUCUCCGCGAGUGAAAGCCGAAACUGUAAAUUUUGUUGUAACGAUUGUCAAUAAACCACCGAUAUUUUCUUUCGAAA